CUUGCGCAGUAGCGUCACGGGGCCUGGGCGACCGGCCGGCCCUGCGGAGGCGGAGCGCGGAGCUCCGGGAAGAGAGAACCAAGCUGCUAUCUGAGGCAUUUCUCUUCUCUGAACCGAAAAGCAAGGGUGUUACCCUGGAGUCCUGCAUUCUGAUAACGUGCAGAUCAAGUCCCCAGACUUAGUAAAAGCACCUCUGUCAGAGCUCCAGAGGAGUAACAAUUCAGUUAGCAUGGAUCUUGAUGGCUCUGAACAAGAUCCUGAAGUGAAGGAACAUUCUCCUGUCUAUGUUGGCAGAGAAGAGGACAUUAAAAAAUCUGAAAGAAUGACAGCUGUUGUCCAUGACAGAGAAGUAGUCAUUUUCUACCACAAAGGAGAAUAUCAUGCUAUGGAUAUUCGCUGUUACCACUCAGGAGGUCCUUUACAUUUGGGAGAAAUAGAGGAUUUUGAUGGACGACCAUGUAUAGUUUGUCCCUGGCAUAAAUACAAAAUUACUUUGGCAACAGGAGAAGGACUGUAUCAGUCUAUCAACCCUAGAGAUCCAUCAGCAAAACCCAAGUGGUGCUCCAAAGGAGUAAAGCAAAGGAUUCAUAAAGUGACAGUGGACAAUGGGAGUAUUUAUGUGACUCUUUCUAAUGAACCUUUUAAGUGUGACUCUGAUUUUUAUGCCACUGGAGACUUUAAAGUAAUUCGGAGUCCUUUCAGAUAAAACUAUAUGGCAAUGAAAAAUGUUGUGUAUAUUUAAAAAAUAUUUUUUAGAAGAACUGUGCUGCAAUACCAAAGAGGAUUAAUUUUUCCAACAUGGGCACAUUUAUUACUAAUCUUUAAAAAUCAUAUAAAUCUGAGCAGUUCAAAAGUACAUGUGCUUAUUAUGAUGGAGAGAAUAUUGUCAGGAUCUAUAGAACACCUUUCAUCCAGUCCUCUGAACUGAUUAGUACCUGAAGGUUCUAGGUUUGGAAUAUGCAUUUUGAGAAGGGUGAAAAUAAUCUGCGGUAACCACAAUGAAGAAAAGGUAAAAAGUAAGAUCUAAUAAAUAUGGAGGGUUGGUAAUUCCUAUUUUGAUGUAGCAGACUUUAUCAUGGAAAAGUUGUAAUAUAUACAAACUAAACAGAGUAGCAUAAUAAACUCUCAUCACCCAACUUCA